GGGGCUUCGCACGGCCCUGGCGCGACUGCGGCACUGUACCCCUGCGGGGGGCUCGCUGCCGACCACACCGAAUCCACCGUCCACCCCGGAACACAAAUCCCAAGGGUGCUCGAGGAAUCGCGAGUCGGCAACCAGAUGUGGAAGUUUGGGAAGUAACGCGUGUGAUCAGGGGGAUACAUCGCAGUCGCAGCCAUCGCGAGGACAACAUGGGACUGACAAUAGCAGCGGUGGCGGCGGCGGCGGACGAGACAGUGAUCUUCUUUCGUCCGCGAUUCGGCGGUUCAACUUCAAGGCGGCGGGCGGCAGCCGCAGCUGCCGGACGGUGCCGAAAGUCGUGGUCAUGGGCUCCAGCACGGCGUCGGAGACAACGAUCAACACGAGCACCGACAGCGCCAACACGAUGCUCACUAUGGUGACGACGACGGACGGGGAGCAGCCAGACGACAGCUUCGACCUAAUCGACGUGCCGGUCGAAAUGUCGCCUCCCGCUACAACCCCGUCGCAAUCACCUAUCCAUCUCGUUGGACAUUCCGACGACAUAGCCACGGGUAGCCGUACUUCGUCACCGGCAUCGCCUACGUCGCCCAUUUCCGUCGCGGCGCCGGCGAAUCAAACUACACCGCCGUUGCCGCUUCCGGUAACGUCGCCGACGUCAUCGCUUUGCGCCUUCGACAAGACCGAGAUCGCAGGUCCGUCGAGCCGUUGCUCCCGCUCGAAACUCGACGCGGAUCAACCGGAGAGCAAUGCCAAAGCGACGAUUGGCACCUCCAUCGGUCAGGGACACAUCGCGAGUAACGGCGCCGAGAGCACGUCGGCUCUUACGCCACCCACGCCGAUGAUCGGGGUGCACCAGGAGACCAGAUUCACCUUCGGCGGCAGUGGUAGAACCCCGCCUCUGCCGGAUCUCAGAACCGCGGAUUUCUUUAGCACUCCCGUGAGGGGCUCCGUGGAUGCGGGCCAACCUGAUUCGAUCGACACGCGCUCCUCGAUUCGGAACUUGAUGGCCGCCCAGGAAAGGCAGAACGCCAGGGUGGCAUAUCAGAUCGAUUACAUGACCGGCGGAAAGGUCAAUUCGAUUCAGGCGAAUGCGCUCGAAAAGGGUAUUGCCGAUCACAAGCGGAGUCAAAAGAGGCCCAACAUUAACGUGACGACCAAUCCGCUCGAUAUAUCGCUCAUAGGUGCAACUCAGCCGUGCAAUACUCAGGGUUGUAAUGCCCAGGGUAGCACGAGUACGAAAUCACGAGGACGAUCAGCGGGCGGAAGCGCCGGCGGCACCGGUAAGCGAUCGACCCAGGCGACAAUCGUCGUACAACAGCCAUCCUUAUCGCUGGACGCGCCCGCGGCGACGAUUUUACUGCACCCGGAUGCCGAUGCCAGACGACGUGAGGAGAACAUGCGGCAGUUGCUAGACGUCGCCAACACUCUCACUCUGCAGGAGAUACACGACUUCGAGAUGAGAUAUGGAAGUCCCCAUCAUAGCCGGUCGCAGUCAGUCAAGGCCCCCGGCAGUCGUUCUUCCGGUCGACCGAAUUAUCUGUGUCUUCCGCAACAGAGAUCACGAGUGGCGAGCAUGCCCAACACCGGUGUGGAGGAGGAAUACUACAGAUUACGGCAUUUCAGUAUCACGGGUAAAGGAGUGGUGAAUCGGGGCGACUCCCUCAAGAGCCGCAGAUCGCGUUCUAAUAACAGCGUCGCAUCCAGCAAUUCCAGCCUUUCUUCUAUUCGACGCAGCACGGAACACCUGACCGCCUCAUAUCCAGGAUCGGCACGGAAUUCGGCGGCGGGCUCGUUGGCGAGCUCGAGGGAGAGCAGCGCGUCCCAAGGUCCGGCACCGUAUCGCGUCCUUAUGCUAGGUGCCCCUGCCGUCGGCAAGAGCUCGCUGGUGUCUCAAUUUAUGACUUCCGAAUAUCUGCACGCCUACGAUACUUCGAUCGACGACGAGUCUGGUGAAAAGACUGUCAGCGUGCUAUUGGCCGGCGAAGAAUCGGAAUUGACUUUUAUCGAUCAUUCCUGCGCUGAGAUGACGGCAGAGAAUUGCAUCGCGACGUACGAGCCGCACGCGUACUGCGUUGUUUAUUCUACAACUGAUCGCGCGUCAGUGCGCGUCGCCGAAGAGGUUCUCCAAUCUUUAUGGAGGAGCGAUCACAUGUCCGCGAGGGCGGUCAUUCUCGUAGGGAACAAGGUCGACCUGGUUCGCAGUCGACUGGUAUCGACCGAAGAGGGUAAAUCCAUGGCGACGUCUUACGAUUGCAAGUUCAUCGAGACAUCCGUCGGCAUCAAUCAUAACGUCGACGAGCUGCUAGUCGGCCUGCUCACGCAAAUUCGUCUGAAGCUAGAGAACCCCGAGAGGACCAGAGAAAUGUUUCGGAAAAGAUCACGGAAAAAUCGCAGCAAGUCUCCGCUGGGUUCGUGUUCGGAGAACAACUCGCCUAAAAAGUACCGCGGCAGUCGGACCAGCACCAGCCUGAAAGUGCGCAAUUUGAUCGACAAAGUCUGGGCACGCGAUAGCAAGUCGAAAAGUUGCGAGAAUCUUCACGUUCUAUAAAACUCGAGGAUCGAUCGCUUCGAUUCAGAAGAAUAAUCUAGCAAGUCUGGCGAGUUGCAACAGACUUCCAUUGAAACGUCUUACGCUUCGAAAUUGUCUUCGAGUACGAGGGGGGUCAACGAGGCCGAUCCUUGACGAAGAAGAGGACAAGUAUUGACCGCUCGAUAUUCCCGACUUCGCGGGAGAAGAGGAGACACGUGCGUAUCGCUUUGUAGCGACCUUUCCGGCCGCGUUUCACGACGUCGUAUGUUGUGAGCCCUCUGUGGAUGAGGUAAACUUUUGUUGCUUCUGUGAGACGAAGCACGUGCAGAAUCCGAUUAUUGAAAUGACUAAUCUAGAAAAACAAUUUUUAUUUUCUUCUCAUGACUUUAAGAGUAUUAACAGGAAAUCCCGAUUAGGAUAUUUUAUUUUGUAUUAUAUCGUGACAUUUCCAUUACGUCCUAAAUACGCGCUGAAAACUACACCCGUCAACUUAGAUUUUCUUUCAUUUUUGUGAUUUAAUCAGAUUUUUGAAGGAAAUUGAUCUCUCUCUUUCUCUCUCUCUCUUUCUCUCUUUUAUUGAACUUUUCACAGCUGUUAUAAACUCCAAGCGCCAGUGAGAAAACGCCCCUAAUACCGAAGUCUGGUAAGUGUACAAUUUUUGUGAUUACCGUAAAAUGUAAAUAUAGGCCACAGGGGAUUGUGUUCUAAGCGCAUAUUCUGCGGGAGCGUCAUUACCGCGAAGAGUACGUUCGCGAAAGAGAAAGUCGUAAAAUAAAAUACCCGUAAAGUAAAGUGAAAGGCGACACCGAAGGCAGCAAUCAUCGUAGAUUACUACGGACGGAUUCGUUAUCGGUCGCGCAUAACCCCGAGAUUAUUACGGGAAGGAAAUCGCAUCGAUUCUUAUCGCGUCCGCUCGACGGAACGCCAUAAUCGAUGAUGGUUUUCUUUGUCGCAGCGUAAAUGCAAGCGACAAAGAAGCUGUGCAAUAUAAGAAAAAUUCGCUAACAAUAAGUAAAGGUACGCUGGUACGGCAUUGCUUUGCACUGCUUGCACAUUUACAAAACUCGACAGAAGUCGCCGAUUGUGUUAGCAAUGGUUUGUUGACCUUUUCGCGCUCAACAAUCUUGACUGAAAUCCGAUGUAGACAAAUUCCGGAAUAGAUAGCAAUACGGAUAGAGAGAUAGCUUCCCAUUGCGGUUCCUUAUCUAUCGCCGUAGCAGUGAUUCUCAAAUCUUUUUCGCUGAUAAUACGGCGAUAUUGCGCGAGUAAUCACACAUUCAACUUUUAAAUUGAAGAACAAUUCAAAGCACAGAAAAAAUUUACUCUUAGAUUAAACUAAAGAAGAAGAAAUAAAAGACUUAAUAAUGAAUCGGAAAUUUGAAAUUUAGAAAAUAUGAAACGUACGCUUUUUAUUAUUAAGUCUAUCGCGCUACUUUGUUAUGUUAAUAUAAUUUAAUUAUAAUAAAAUUUGCGCACUAAUUAUCGCGCUGGCUCUUAAUUGCCUUCCCUCACCUUCGUAUGUUAAAAGAUAUGGUUUUAAUUUCUUUUGCAAAAAUAGAGACAUCCUGCAUUGACUUGCCAAACUAUAUAUUUUAAAUCUCAAAUUUCCGAUCUAUCUCUUAUUUCUUCUUUUUUAAUUUAAUUUAAAAGUAGAUUUUCUUUGCUUUGAUAUAUAACUUUGAAUUGUUCUUUAAUUUAAAAGUUGAACGUGUCGUGACUCCUCGCGCAAUAUCACCGUGAAUAUAUGAGUCUAUAUAAUCUUACGCUUUUUUAUUGCUGGAAUGCAUAAAAAAAUUCUUAUCUAUACAUUUAAUUUAUUAUGUUUUUAAUCUAUGUUGUAGCAUAUUGGAGAGAGAAUAAAAAAUAUAAUAGAUAUUUCAUUUUUAUAUCUUUUAAAUACUAUACGUAAGGUUUGUAAAUCUCCUGCAUAUUUACAAUUUUGUAGUAUAAUCUAUAAGAAUUACUACAAUGUACAAUAUAGUUGCGUAGUUAAUAGAAUGCUGUAGUUGAAUAUUGAAAUUAUUGCUCUCUAUUUGAAUUUAUUAGAGAGAAACAUUAGCAAUUAUAUUUUAAACUUUCUCACAAUUUUAGCAGUUAUUUUUAAAAUUUUUAUUCUAUUCUAUUUAAAAAGAUACGAUCAUUUAUUUCGGAAUAAUUCUAUUUUAUAUUUAUUGUAUUGCAAGCUAUUUUUUACUUAUUGUUAGUUCAAGAUAUUGAAGUACCUCUUACAAUUCUUCUUUAUCGGUUAACGACCGGCACAGCUUUAAAGGAAAAUUGAGCAUAUCUCUGAUCAUCGUGUAUUUGGGUCAAAGGAAUUAGCAUAUAUAAGAUAAAACGAAUCCAAUUCUAACCAGAGUUACAGAUCCGCAAAGAUUUGCUUCUAAUAAAGGUCAUAAAUCGUUAUCAAGGCAAUUUAAGGGAUGAGAUCAAACGCAACGAUUAAUAUAAACGUUGAUCUAUAUGUCAUAUAGCCGGAAAUCUUUUAGUCUUUUGACAAAUCCGGCGAAUGAGAAUAUCUUAUAUUUAAUAACAAAUAUGAGCGCAAGAUUCGUUAUUUGAAAAAAUUGAUUUCGCAUCAAAAACGCGUUCUUUUAUUAUAUUUUCAUAACGUAAGGAUUUAAAUCUCACGAUAUAUCAUUUUCUCGGUAUAUUAAGUGAUCGAUCGCGAGAUGCGAAAAUGCUCUGUCGGAUAUGGUUGAACGAUGCAACGUUUACGCAUCGUGAAAUACGCGAAAGAUAAGGUCCGCCCGACCACACAUCGCGAUUGCCGUUCCCUGAAUUAAAGAGUCCUGAUAUCAGCAAAAAAUACAAAAGUAACACGACGACGUCAGCUGGCGAAUCGAAUUUGCCGCCGCAAAAGGUCGUCUCUUGCGACAAGCAAUUAAUUUCCUAACGAUCUCGAUGCUCGGUCGACCGAUUCACCUCGGAACUCACUGCGCGGAACGUUAGCGCAGGAAAAGUUCGCCCUACGUUGAAUAUGUGUUCGCGAACCGGAUUCGAAAACGAGAAAUCUUCCAACGGAAGACUCACACGGAUAUCAUCAGUUCCAUUAGCGUCGCGUGUGUAUGUGAAUGACGGCUCGUAUGAGAGAUGUUAAAUUUCGAACCACCGAUAUACAUUACAUAAGACAUAUUUAAGAUGGCGAAUUUUUUCUCAAUUUCAGAAAUUUCAGAUUUUCACACUUAUUUUUUCUCUAUUACACAUCUUAAAUUUACAUUAUAUGAAAAAAUUAAACUUCAGAGACCGUAAAAGUUUAAAUUCAUUAGAUAAAGAUAAGAUCGCGUGAUUGAUAUUACAGCUUGUGUGUUAUAUAAAAAAAUAAAAGAUUUGAUAUUAUAUAAUUGAAACGAGACACUGAUAUUUUGACAGAUAAAAAAAGAUAUAAAAAAUUGUUAAUUAAUUUUUCUGUUUUAUGACUGAUACCUAUGGUUCAGGCAAAUAUACGCAAUGUGAAAAACAACCUGCGAAAUAGUACAGUUAUUACUUUUUUCUGCAUUUCGCGUAAAUCCUCUGGCGUCGUUGCCCACUUUAAUUAGCUAAAUUACACGAAGAUAUAAGGCGCGCCUAGUCACCGAGCUGCAUAUAUGUCGCAUGUCACGUAAUCCGUUACGUUGAAAUUCUCGCAACUGCAUGAUUAUGCUCCAUUUUACAAUCUUGUGACUACUCGAUCUCUACGUGUGUUGUGUGUAUGUAUGUGUGCGCUCCCUUCAGCUCUUUCCAUUUACAGUAUAUUAUUCUGAAUUCGAUUUCUUUCUACCCUUAUCCUUGUUUCUCUCUUUGCCUCUCCUUUUCUCCGAGCGCUUUAAUUCUAUGCACGUAGACAUACGCGUACGCUAACACAACACAAAAGCUUAAAACUUCUACUGAAAAUGACUAGCAGAAAAAUGUUUACAAAAGAAUACAACGGAAUAAAAUCAUUGGAUUGGCUUGACGUCGCAGGUUUAUUAUGAGAGAGAAAUCAAGUGGCACAUCGUGUUCAGAAAUAUAAUUUCGAUUUAGAUUGUUUUUCUUAUAAAACAUAACUUGAAUUGUUAUUGCGAUAUGGAAAACAAUGGAUUUUUGGUAUCUAUGGAGUAAAUUUGUUACGUGUUAUAUCUUUCUAUACUUCUAUUGGAUUUUUAGCUUUUAUAAAUUUUAUUUUUGUACUGCAUAGUUUGUUACUCUACGAAUGAUAAAAUGUGCAAUAUAAAACGAAACAUAUUUUUUUAACAUAUUUUUUCACAUCGCUAUUCUCCACAUUAAAUAUAUACCUAAUAUCUCUUUAAUGAUAAUAUUUUUUUUGCGAUAACUAAAUGCAAUUACGACUACUGGAAAUUAUUACAUACUUUUAUAUCGUGCAUAUACGCAUCACAGUUCAGAAAUAACAAACUAUUAAUGGACGUAACGAAAACGCCUGGAAAAAUAAACUUUAUAAUACAAAUAAUUAUAAUAUAAAUAUAAUGCAAAAAAUCAUGAUAUAAUGAAAAAAGUUUUGAAAAAACAAUUUUGUAUGUUUCUGAUUAAGCGUAUUAGAACACUGUGGAAAGUUUUAAUAUUGCUUCUCUUUGUAAUAUCAAAAACGAUUAUAUAAACAUGUUUAGAUAAUAGGUAAUAUAGCAUUAUCUAAAUUUAUUAAAUUUAUUUACAGCAUUUAAUUAUCUAAUUAUCACAAUCACAAAAUAUGUAGAGAUGAUGUUAAGAAUUUAUGUAAUAUAUUUUUCUCUCUUCUCUUCAUUACUUACUUGUAUUCAUCAUGCAUUACUUGCUGGUAUUAUAGUUUGAUAUCAUUAUUUAAAAUAUUCAGAUUUAUAUUUGUAUUAAUUAAAUUUUAAUAUAUUUUCGAAACUUUCUUUAUAAAAUUUUUUUGUUUGUUUGUGUAAGUGAUUAAGAAGAAAGAUCAAAUUUAACCGAAUAAAAGUGGAUGGAAAGUGUACCUUUCCGUAAAGGAUACUUCUACAGAUUUCUUAUAGAAAAACGAAGAAUGCGAAAUUCUAAAGUGCAUCCCGAGAGAUCACCACGCAUUACCAAAUUGAAAACUAUUAUUAUCAGUUAUACUUAUUCUUGAAAAAGCGACCUGAAUAUUUGUGGGCAGCAGUUGCGAGAAAUUCGGACGUUACAAACUUCUACUCCAUUUUCCAGCUUGACCGCUACGAAAUUAUGGCGCCGAAAAUAGAAACUUUUCACAAUAGCAUAUUUUCGAUGCAAUACAAGAUAAUUAUGUCAAAUUAUAUAUAUAGAUGUUUAUUCAAAAUACGAUAUUGCAGAAAUUUUCCAUUAAAAACUUCUUUUGAGCGCGCGCGAUACCAUCUUUUAAAUACCGCAAACGAUAAAAUUAUUUCAAGCUGAUGAAUGUAAACGUAAAAUAAAAAUUAACAGUUCAUUGUUGUCAUACCUAACAUUGAACUUAAACAUUUCUCGUAUUCCAAGUACGACAUUGCAAAAACAACUUUUUCGAAAUAAUUCUAAUUCAACUAGAUCCGAACAAUUAUGAAAGUCGGUCGACUGAUAAUCGAAAAAGAAAAUCAUGUUCAUGUCGCUAUCGACACCGGGGAAUUUGGGGCCAAUUUGUCGAUCGUCUUUAUUCUCUCACUAAUUGGCAGACGAUCGUUUGUAACUUUUGACACGUGAAACUCGCGGAUAACUUUCUUGUUUCUGGCUAGCUAGACACGCAAUUUCUGCGGUAUUAUUUUGAACUAAGCACGAAGUUGCGCGUUUCUCAUUCAAUAUAUAUUAACAUGUAGAUUAACAGUUGGUGACAUGCUUGUAAAAACGGUCGGAACAUCAUUUAUUUAAAUAGGGAAAUAAAGUUUAUUAAAUAAAUAGCAUAAUCUUCUCUCUCUCUCUCUUUCUUUCUCUCUUUCUCGAUAUUAUUCAUUUUUUUAAUUUUGGAAAUUGAUUGGCUUUUAGAUGUCUUCCAUUGAAUAUCAGUUAUUGAAAAACAGAUAUAUACCGUAAUUCAAGAAUAUUUAUAGUAUGUUAUAAUAAAAUUAUUAAAUAUUAUCUUCGAUAAAAAUAUCGAAAAAAACAUGAACCGAAUGAUGAUAAAAGUUUAGAUUCAUACUUAAAAGGCUCUCUUGUUAAAAGAAUCGUGAACUUUAGAGUCUUCUUCGAUGGCGGGGUGUGAUAAUGCACCUUUACCGGCUUCUCAGCAAUUUAACAGCCACGGCGAUAUCAAGUAAGGUGCGCGUGGCUAGCUUAAGGUGGGUUAAUAAUUUAAUACGAGCGCGUUAUCUCGCGUGACUCGAGCAAAGUUCAUAAUAGCGUAAUAUAUCGCUCGUAGUAUCGCGCUCGGAUCUUCUUCUAGAAUAGUCGUCGUAGUUAAAAGACUCGAUGAUACUCUUAUAUUCGUUUUCCUGCUCCAUUCGCUCAUCAAUAUCAGAGAGAAUUCAAGAGAGUGGCGAUCAAUUAAACCGGUUCCUCAUAAUUUAGCCACAGUGGCUAGUUUUAUCUUUGCAAUGAGAUCUUUUUAUCUCGUAGUCGCGUAAUAAUCGUAAUUAAUAUUCUUAAUUAUAUUUAUAAUCGCAAUCUCUCGCGGGAAUUCAUUACUAAUCGGAUCGUUGCCGGGCGUUCAUCACGCAUCGUGCAACAUCGUUCAACGACAUGUUUUUUUUCCCAAUGACACAUCUUUUAUCGGAAAAAGAAUGCAAAGCACAAUAACCAUCAAACAAAAAAUAUUUAUCGCAAAUAUUGUCACGAAAAGGUAGUCAAAAUAUCCAAAAUUAUAUUUCAAGCACAGAAGAAACACUGUCGAAAAUAUGGUUUAAAACGCCAAUUGCUCUCUGGGCAAUUUAAAGCGGUAUAAAAUAGAAGAUACUAUUUUAUAUUUUUAAAAUCAAAUAUUUAUGUCAAAGACACAUUUGAAAGAUUACAUUACGAUGCAAAGUAUCUUUUCUACAUUAUUAUGAUUAAAACAGAGAGAGAGAGAGAGAAAGAUAAAUAUUUUAGAGUCUGCGUUUUAAACGUUCAUGCGUAUGUACAUAUAUAUAAGAAUAUAUAUUCUUUACUUUGCGUUUUUUUAUCUCACUCGUUUAAAAAUGCAAAUAUGAGGAUUUUACACAUGGUGAGGAUUUCCGACUGACGUAGCACGUCGCACGUCGGAAUUUGUUCAAUCGCGCGCUGACCUUAAUUCCUUAAUGCCAGUAUCUUUUUGCCAAGAUACAAAGAGAAAUAAACGAUCAAUAUAAAUUACUCUUCAUCGAUUAACAGGGAUAAGCUAUAUCAAGAAGCUUAUCCGAAUACGUUAACUAAUCGUGUUGGAUUUGAAUUGGGGCGUCAUGAGAAUGAUUGGAUCGAGAUAUUGAUUCAUUGAUCUUUGAUAAAAUCCUAGCGACUGACACUAAAUUUAGAGAUGUACGUCCUUACAAAGUUUACAUUCGCAAUUUAUGUACGCGCGUCAAAAUUUACGAUGACAAAUUGUUUAUCUCGCAUCUAAACUCGUAGCUCGAUUUUAUCCUGCCAGAUUAAAGGUAAAGUACUCAAAUAGAGUUUCUUGAUCGCGAGAUCUUUGCUCCGACUAAUGGGGAUUAAAAUACGUUGAAACAAAUACAAUAUUCCCGAUGAAUUUAAUUUUCGAUGUAGUAUGCAGUCGAGUAAAAUGAUUUCCGUAUUUACGCGCGAUAAUGGAAACGCGAUAGUUGAUGCGAGAAGUAUUUUGCCGCGGGCACGAGAAGCUAAUUAUUCGUCAAAGUAACAUCGGUUUCAAUUUCUACCCGCUAGCGAUAUAUUAACAUGCUUACGUGUAGUGUGCGUACAAUUUACGAUUGACACACGAUAGCUCGUUAGCGAACUCCGAUUGUCUAUUUAGGACGUACGUACAUCUCUCUCUCUCUCUCUCUCUCUCUUGUUCUCUUUCUCUCUCUCUCUCUCUCUCUCUCUCAUUUUCUCUCUUGCAGAGCAGAGAAGAGAAUUGUGGCAUAUUGCCCAAAACUAUUGAUUGCCAUUUGCCAUUGGGAUAUCGUCGUGUAUUAAGAGACGGUGAGUGGAUCAAAUAGCACGUACACCUUAUUAAUUCGAAGCCCCGCGCACGAGAACGACGCAUACAUACACGCGAUACACACUUAUUUUUAUAAAAUGCGAGGGAACUCGUACGAUAUAUACAUAUACAUUUCCUUCCUACGCUACGUCGCGUUAUCUUGAUGUCUGUUCACGUUUAUUCGCAUCGUAAAUGCGUUUUUAUAUUUGGUUUUGCAUAGUCGAGUUUAUUUUCGCCUGACCUGCGAUUUGUCGUACUUUUCCGUGACGAACGAACGAUAAGUCGCGUUUCUCAACCAGAUAAAACGGGAAUAUAAUCGCGACUCGAUUGAGAGAAAAGUUCGCAUUUGCCGUUAAUUUAAAAUUUUCCAAUCGAAUUACGAUUGCUUAUACGCAAAGCGUUGCGUUCGCGAAUGUGUUACUCUUUUAUUUUUAUAUUUUUUUUUUUUUUUUUGUACGGUAACUUGGAAUAAUUGCCGGCACAAAUUCAACUAAAUUAGAUCAUAAAUCUACGAAAAAAAUCGAGUAACGUGAUAUAAAUUCCUAACCAAAGCAUGUAGUUAAAUCAAUUUCCACUUAUGAAACUUAUUAUAUAAUUCGAUAGAACGGUAUAAAUUUUUGGGACUAUGAAGUCAAUGUGCAGAUUCGAAACGAGAGAAGCAUACAUUUGGGGAGAUUUGCUAUUGGAAUAAAUUUCAAAGCACGGAUUCGCGGGAUUUUGCAUAAUAAUUCACGACUGCAUGGAUCGAUGCUUUUAAGCGUAUUUUGUUUCGACACCGGAUUUCGUCAAUGCUAUCACUAAUUUUAAUAGGAAAUGCAUCAAUGGUGUCGCAACUACCGACCUGGUCAUUAAUCGAUAUCAGCGUUAAGCCCGACACAGCUUAACAUUUAAUGUCGGCGUUAUUUUAAGUAGCUUUGAAGGAUAGCCGUUCUUGCCAUCGAGCUGAUAUGUUUAUACUAAGCUGUGUAUUAAACGAGAUAUGCGAGUGUGCCGGAAUGUAAUGAAAUAUUCGCGAUAAAUUAUCGAAUGCAAUGGCUGUCUAACAUUUGCUAUAAUAUUGCAUUGAUGAGAAAAUUACAAUAAUGUGAAGCAAUAAUAGAAUAUAGCGUAUGAGAAUUUACGAGAUGGCGUUUAAGCGGGAAAAAAGGGAUCGGUGUAAUAAAGAAGAUAAUUAAAGAGCAUAUAUGAGUGAAGCGCUGAAGCGAUUCAGCGAAUACGACGAAAAUUCGUUAAAUGCGUGUCGCUCGAUUCCCCAACGGCGAUUUAUUAUCUACGUGAUAUUAUGGGUGCUUUGGGGUGGGAACGUGCGUUGCAUAUCACUGCGAAAUAUGCGAGAGAUUUUGAAUCUUACUCUCAAUAUGGUUAAUUAAGUAAAAAAAGUUGGUUUAAUAAGAGAAAAGUUUUAAAAAAAAAAGAUCAUGUAAAUUUCUUUUUAAAUUAAUUUACGAUAAGACAAUAUAUAUUGAUGCAUAGUAAAAAGCGAAGAAAUUUUGAAAUAAUUUCUACUUGAGCACUCGAGCAAAUUGUGAGGAACCUUAAUAUUAAUAGAGGUGCUAGAUAUGUAGAAAUAUUCAAAUACGUUUCUUUUUUAAUAUUUUCUGGAGAAUUGAGGAGAAUUAAAUCCUCUUAUUAACGACCGCGAAGAAGGGAAAAUCGCACUUUUGUGAAAAUGCGCGAUAAUGAGACCACGGUGCGCGGGGCUUUAUAAAUAUAUAAGUAGAGCACGUUUUAACGAAGUAAGCGAUUAGUCAAGUAAUAUGUCCAAAAUGCGCAUGACUGAUUGUUAAAAGUCGACCUUGGGCACACGCUAGGAUAUCACUUGAGAUAUGCCAAUUCGCCAAGAGAUAUUUACGCGACCGUCGUCGUUAAAUUGCCAGUGAUUACGGGAUCAGCGAUGCUCAUUGUAUCAACAUACCUGCACGCGUGUAAACACGUAACUUUAGUUGCAUCGUUAUCGCGUAACGAUGUACGAUAAGCUAUCGAAAAAUUUCAAUGAGAGUUUUUUUGAUGAAAGCGGGCUGAAUCACUCUGAAGACAAUUAAGGGACUUAGGAAAAAAAUAUGGUACUGAUGAAAAAGAUGAUACUGGUGAAAAAUAUAAAUAAGGGUAUAUAUUAAUGUACGAAUUAGAUAUACCUAAAAUUAUUUUAUUGGGUCUUUUUACAAUUGCGCAAUUUCAAAAUUUCAAAAUUAUUUAUGAGGAUAUACUAUAUAUAUUUAAUAGCGCAAAUAUUUAUAAUUAUGAUUAUAUAUUUUUUUUUCUUUAUUUUCUUCUGUAUUAAUGUAAAGACAAAGACCUAUAAUGCGCAGAAACUAAUUUCUUUUGUUUAAAUCAAUUUAUUUUUAAGCCUCGCAGUGAUUCAACUCGUUUCAAUCAAGAGUGCUGAACAAUAUUUUGUAUGAGAAUACAUGAGCAUGAUAAAAUAUGUCAUCCCGAAAUCAUCUUCAGUCGGUGUUGUAUGAAUUUUAAUGAAGAUUUAAUAAGAAGAAAUGUAAUGAAUGUUUUAUAAAAGGCCCGAUUGCCUUGUAAAUUUUAAAUAAAAAGAAUUCUUAAACUCGUAAGAAUCCGUAGGAGAAACAAUAAUCAAGAAUAAUCCUCAUUGUUUGAUUCUUGUUCUAUUAUUCUCUAUUAAUUAAAGAUUAUAGAUAGUGCUAAAUGAUUGCAAUUUUAACUUAAAAUGUGUCGGUAUAAAUGACGAUUAUAAAAGUGAGAUUAUAAAUGAAGAAAAGGGGUUUUCGUCGUAUAAAGUUGAGCAUGAAAGAGUAUCAAUUUCAAAAUAAUAAAUCAAUUUUUAUGCCAUUAAUGAUAUUAAUAUUAUUAUAAUUGAUGGAAACAUAUGAGAAAUACCAUCUUAAUAUUCGUAAAAAUAUAUUUGGCGGCGAGGAACAGGGAUAAAAAAAUGAUGCGUUUGGGAAAUAAAGCACUUAACAAGGUAAUCGUAAACGAUGAUUUUCCGUCCAUCUUGAAACGCACGAUUUUAAUGAAGACGAUCGCAAUGCGGACGAUCACAUUUUCGCGAAAUUGUGCACGAGCAUUGUAUGUGUGCGUACUCGAUGUAUCCUUUUUAUCGACUUCUCCAUCAGAGGAUAUCCCGGCAAAGUGCUGCGUAUCAAGGUACGACGACAAAAAAUAUAAUUGCCACGCAUGAUGGCCCUUGCAUCGCGAUAUCGUUUCGCAUGGCUUUUUAUUUCGGGAAAUAAAUAUUUUACGUACGUAGGACGAUGAUGUUUUAUCAAUUAAACGCAAAUAUCUUUCUAAUUUUGCUUAUAAUUUUAUACACACUGAAUCAACUAAUUAUACAAUCAAAAAUAACUUUUCUAAUUUUUGCUACUAUAAUAUUAAUAAUAUUAUUAAUAUUAUUAAUAUAAGCAUUCUUUUUGAAAAGAUAUAAUAAUUAUUGAAUAAUUUUAAUUCAGUAAAAAUAAUAGAGAAAUUAUUUAAAACAAUAAAGAAAUGAUUUAUUUUAUAUAUAACCCACGAUUCUAUAUAGUCUAAUAUUAUAGUUACUUUUUUAUAUGUUACUUCCAUCGAGUAAUAUCAUUUAAAGUUAUCUUAUGAUUUAUAUAUUCAUAUUUUGUGAAAUAAAGCAACGAAUGUAGCGAAUAUUUCUCAUUAAAUUGAAAACUUUAUAUAACAAUUUCAUAAUAAAUUAAUAUUUUAUGAUAAUCUAGUUUGAAAGGGUUAAUAUAAAUCUGUUACGAUUGCAUUAACUAUAAUGGAUUUUCAAUACUAUGGCUAGCUAAAAUUUAAUAUUAGCUAAAUAUAUUUUUAAUUUUAUGCAUGUAUGCGUGUUUCUUUUUCUUUAAAUAUUAUAUAAUCAUAAAAUAAUACUCUAUAGACAUUAAUUACAUUUUAUACAACAAAGACUUUCACUAAUUGAAAUUAUAAAGAAUUACUAUGUGUGUGUGUAUAAUCAGAAUGGAAUAAAUAUUAUAAUUAUUCGUAAUAAAUGUAAACACCGUCAGGUGCUAUUUCAAUCAUACGCAUAAUUAUAUUUAUAGCUGUCAGUAAUUACGUAUAAUUAUCAUAAUUAUCAUCGUCCUCGUUCUGCAUGAAUAAUCGGAAAUUUACGUCCAUAAAAUCCGCUCGAUUCGCUUUCGGGCGGAGUCGGAGAUAACAUCGUAGCCGAUAGGGGACGAUUGAAGACGCAAGGGACGUCUCGUGCACGAAUUACCUAUAGAUUUAGGUUUAGGACGCUGAUUGCCAGGUACGUGCCUUAUGUCAAUCCAAAAUGCCACGAAGACAAGCUGGUAUAUAUUUGACGCGUACCUGAGCACUGACGAAUACAUUGCGGACCAUAGCCUAGCGAUUAGGCGAUUUCACACAAAUCGAUGUUAUAUAUCCGUACCUGUAUAUGUAAGUGAAGUAAAAAGAAAAAGAAAAAAAAUAACAAUGCGACACCAGCCUCAGAGUCGGCCGAGAAUUUUCUUGUCUCUUUCUAUGAAUGUAUCGUACUUAUACCAAUAUUCCGACAACACAUAGUGAUUAACUAAUAUAAUACCGAUCAAAAGUGGGAAAACGGCGUCGGCAUUCUGUCGUUUUUCGCUUAAGGCAAUGAUUUCCAAAGUUCCACAUUUUUAUUCCUUCGUAAAAAAAAAAUUAAAAAGUUCGUGAAUUUUCUACGGAUUUUCCACGAAUUUUUCUAUUUACGCGAACAAUCUCACUUUCUCUUUUUCAUGAAAUAACUUACGCAAAUACUUAUCAUAGUACUUUUUUUAUACUCUACACGACUAGUCGUUGCUAUCCGAGAGUAUUUCCCUAUGGCUUUUGCCCCUGGGAAGCAAAAUACCGCUUUUUGGAAAAUGCUGACUUAAAACGACUUUUAGACGUGCGGUUAAAAGGGACUGUUUCGUGUCGGAAAGUUUUUGGGAUCGAUAAACCAUUGACACGCCGUCCCUAUCAUUCCCGUGAUUUACUUUUGAAAACGAUUCGUGGACAUAUUGCCUUGUCGUAUGUUAAUGAUAAAUACGUGAGAAAAGUUCUGGGCGUACAUAAUAAAACAAAUUAUAAAAGUGGCGAACAUCACGAUCAAUUAUAAUAUUGUACGAAUGAAAUCGUCGAUAGAAUUUGCGAGCGAAUUGAUAAAUGUUCAAAUAUCAUGAAAUACUUAAUUAAUGUUCACACUUAUUUAAUGUUCAAUGUUUACCAUGCAGUGUAAUUUAUAUGUAAUAUGUAAAAAGAAUUUACAUAGAGGAAAUCAAAAGUA